CGAUAUUUGGAUCAAUCCGCCCAACACAAAUGGAGUGAGUGUGUGUGUGUUCAAGGGGACAGUUGCAGGGUCGGGUGGGGGGCUUCCUGUCAUUUGAAUUACCCUCUACAUGUGGGGUCAAUAUGUGCAAUGCUUGUGAGCGUUUGUGUGUGUGUGUGUGUAUAUGUGUGUAGGAGUUGAAGUGGAGGGGGGGCUAUUGGAAAGCCAGUAUAAAGGAGGUUGGGGGGAGAAGUACCUUGGUCACUUAGCUCUCAAGUCACUGGAAAACACAGUGGACACUCUCCAGGGACAGCUUCCAUUUUAAGGAGGCUUCUCCAGGAUUGCCAACCAGUGUCUUCUCUUUCUGGUCGGAAAACAACAAGUAAGCGUUGGAACCAGGACUUCCAAGCCCAAAGAUGAGGACCUUCAACCUGCUCUACCUGCUCACGUUGCUGCUACUGCUCCUGUUAGCCACCCUAGUGGCGGUGGUAGAGCCAGCCUCCAUCGCCAGGCCAAAUUUCCUAAAUCUGAGGAAAAGGUACCACCGACACUUUUGCCUGUACAGACGCUGCCUGCCUCUGCACUCCAGAGUCCCCUUCCCCUGAGGAGACCGGUUCGACACGCAGGGAUGAAAAGGAAUACGGUACAGCUACCUCGCAUGUGUGGGCCCACCGUGGCGGACCAUAGACUCAUGAUAAUAAUAAUAACCAGAGAAUGGGGGGCACAAAAGACUAUCUUUGAAAUGUCCUAGCACCUUGAGUCAUCAAUAAGCCAAAGAACAAAACACAAAUACAGUCAGUAAGAAAGUCAAAACCCGAGCAGGCAGUGCUUGAAAAAGGUGCCGGACUUCACGAGCUGUGGCCCAAAGAGCGGCUUGUGCCCAUGUUUCUGACAAAUGUGUACAUAUAUAUACUGUAUUAUGCAUUGUAUGCACUUCAAAUGUUUAUUAAAUACAUUUUAUUCCUUUUAAUAAAACAAAAAUGAUUAAGUGUUUUUUUUCUGUUGAUUGGUCAUCGAGGGCUGGGCGAUAUAGCCUACAAUUCAUAUCACGAUAUGACGUGAAUGGGAUAUAUCGCAGUAUGAAAAUCAAUUAAAUAAUA